AUGGCUGGAACCGUAUCAACCUCUCUUCCCCUGUCGUCAUCGCUCACAGCCUCCUCAACCUCAACACCAACACCAACAACCCUCACCAUCCUCCUCCGUUCCAGCAUCGACGGAACAUCAGACUUCUUUCCUUUCCUAGAUAUUGCAAGUCUUGGCUCGGGUUCCGACUCUGUCGACUCGGGUCUCACCUUCAAGGAACUAUUUGAGACCAACCUCGACGGCGGCCAAGAGAUUGUUCUUUUCAGCUCAGGAUGUCAAGUCGAAGACGGCACCUCCGACUGCACACGUGCCUGCAACAAUUCUAAUCUCUUCUUCAGCUCCCUGGAAACUUUUUACAACUGCGCCGCUCUGGCUGCUGUCAACUACUGGAGCCAGGAUGUCAAGUCAUACUAUAUCAGUGAUGAGACAGAGCGCAAUGCCAGCUCCAUCAUGGGCGCUGGCACGUUGGCCGAAUUUGACGGGAGGCCGGUUCUCAAGUCUCUCAUCACCUGCGCUCAGGAUGCAUGUGAGAAUGACGGACUGAGCAAGCCCUGUAGCCACAGCAUUGAUGCGCUCGCGUAUGGAGAGUCGAGCGCCCAGGAAAUAUUUGAUGCCAUGGAUGACUUUUGCCCAGAGCUGGCAGCUGAAAUCAACCCCGAUAUUUUUGGGCCUGGUGUUCUUAUCUCAUAUGUCCUGCAAGUCAGCUCCGCCGCAGCGCUCUAUCUCCUCCUUAAAGGCUUCACCCUCUGGGUCCGCAUCACCCAAGGUCCAAACAAGCGCAAGUCGGAGCCCAAACCUUACCGUCUGAAGCGAAGUCUCACGCGCAUCGAGAGCAUGAUCUGGCGCGAUUCGGGGGGCCUCUCACGUACGAGUAUCGCCAUUGCGACGACACUGGUCGAGUUCCAAGAGGCACAGUGUUGGUUUGUGUUUGCCGUCCAGAUCGCCUCUAUCCUCGCUAUUGUUGUCAACUCUCAGGAGGGAACAUUUUGGGGCGAGAUUGUGGUCAAUGCCGCCAUUGCGUAUCACGUCAGUCAGAAUGGGGUUCUGCCCAUGUUUCUCAUCCAAGUCUGCUUGCACCACGAAGGCAUUAGGAAUUGGCAUACUUUCUUGGGGUUCUUUAUGGAGUAUCUGCUCGCCAUUGUUGCGACGACGCAAAAGAUCUACUUUAAGGAUGCUUUUGCCCUAUUCAAAGGUCAGAAAGAGAUCAAAGGAUGCGGUCUGAACCCGAGCCCGCGGACGUAUUGCGCUGCGACCCGAGGGAUUGAUGGCCAGGCCUUUAGCUUCUUCCCACAUCCUCUCUUGUACAAGAUGGUAUUCCUCAUCCUCGACAGCGUCGCCAUCAUAGCAUUGGUAGUGGAUCAGUUCGCAUGGACGCUGCGAAAGCACCACCUCACAAAGCACGUCCAAUUCGGGUCGUUCCGGCUGGGGCGAUGGCCGCGAUGGGGCAAGCAGCGGCGUGGGCUCUUCAUCAAGCGAUGGUUCUGGAGGAUCCUCGAGGUCGCUUACCUGGUUGUGAAUAUUCUGUACAUGAUCUCACUCACCAAGGUCAUUAACUCUGAGAGCUUCGCGGCCAACAGGUGGUCGUAUGGCCAGAUCAUUGCUGUGACGGUGUGGGGACCUGUCAUUGUGAAGCUAUUCGAUCUCCUGCUCUCUGGGCCACCCAAGAACGGCUUGAGGCUUAACUCGGGCCCGCCGCGUCUGCGUAUCGACAACGUUAUAAACGGUCGAGUGGGGACGUCUGCGGACGAAGAAUGCGAAGACGACGAUGCCAAAUACGACCCCGAGCCGAAUAGCGGGGGAGGUUUCAUAAUUCGAGGAUCUCGGCUAGAGUUGGCGGAUCUAGACCGUCAGGAUGUGGAGGAGAAUGCGGCAACGCAAGAGCGAGCUGAUGAUGAUGGCUCAAAGGGAAAAGGAAUUGGACGAGGUGAUGAUUGA